AUGUCUGCAGCAGGCGAGGGGCAGGUGCUGUACUCGGGAGCGGCGGCUGGCGCCAUGGGCUUUGCCGCCGCCGUCCAGCAGAUGGCUCGUGAGCUUGCGGCUUACGAGCGGAUGCUGCUAGCUGAGCAGGCAGCCAUGGCCGAGAUGGUGGCUGCCGAGCGUGCUGGCCUUGCAGCCGAGCAGGCCCACCUUGCCGCCCUCCUGCAGCCACGCCAAGCCCAAGCCGAAGCGGCUGCCCAAGCCGAAGCGGCUGCCCAAGCCGAAGCGGCUGCCCAAGCCGAGGCGGCUGCCCAGGCCCAGGCGACCGCGCACGUUCAUCGCCAGGCGACCGCGCACGUUCAUCGCCAUGGCCAUGCGCACGUUCAUCGCUAUGGGCAUGCGCACGCUUACAGCCACCCGCAUUCCCUCGUCCAUGGCCAUCAACAUGCGCUUGCCUACAACCACCCGUAUGCGCUUGCCCAUCAUCCGCUGGCGCCCAUGACAAGCCCACAGCAGCCUGUUCCUGCUGCCGUUCCCAUCCACGUUACGCACGAGUCGCUGAAGACCGCGUCGUGGAGCGAGAGUGCAAACGGCUUUAUGACAAGUGCGAGCGCGAGCGGGAACCUGAAUUCCUUGUCGGCCGCUCUGCCCUCACUCCACAUCUCGCCGAACACGCCGUCCAGUUCGGUGGCAGACAUGCCGCAGGUUAUGGCCGAGGACCACCGUGAUCGGGAUUCUGCAGCCGCCGUGAAGUUGAGUCACUUGUCGUCAUCGGAGGAGCAGGAGGAGGAGGGCACACAUUCGCUGGAAGUCUCCGCAGCCUCGGUGCUGUCGCCGACGAUGCUGUUGUCGCUCCAUGUGCCAAGCGACCUCUACUCGGGCGCGGCUCGCCGCAAUUCUGCGCUGGGCAUGCCACAGACCCAGUUCGACUAG